AUGUCGCCUCCCCUCACUGAGUCUCCCGCGAGUGGAGAGCACAAUGAGGAAUCUCCCAUAAGACUCUCCUCCUCCGAGAAGAAGCGCCUGCGCGACAGGCGCGCUCAGCGGACAUUGAGGGAGCGGCGCGACAAUCAGUUGAAGCUCUUGCAGCAGGAGGUGGCUGACUGUCACCGCCUGCACGAUCACGAGGGCAACCGCCGCCUGACAGAGCGGGUGCAGAGGCUCGAGGAUGAGAACCAACUCCUCAGGCAGCGACAGGAAGAGUUACAGUACUCUCUAGGCUCAUGGUCGCCUCUCAAUGAGUCGCGAGCGCAUCCGCUCCACAGGAGUCGUGGUACGGUUACACAGAGACCGGAGGCUCAGGUCCGGGACGAGGUUAUCCCCACGCUCGACAGUCCUCAUUCCACGCCGGCCACCACCUCCAGCCUGCUUCCGGAUGCCACUCUUACUAGCCCUUCGGCAGAACAAGCACAGCUUCCCAUCAUCGAUGCUUGCCUCGCGCCGACGGCUGACUCCCGAUCGGAAAGGUCUUUGAUUCCAGUGACUCAACUUCUCGCGCAGAACCCCGAAAUCACUGCAUUCCAGGUUUCUGACCUUCCCACGGACACUUCGGGAGCUCCGCCUUUUGACGGGAUGAAGCACAGGCCUCUGAGCCUUCAAGUGCUUCCACCCCUGGUUCCCGCCUGGAUGCUUACGCCCCCCAACGAUGACCCUAGAUCAGCCCUUAGCAUAUACACCUCGCCCUGGCUUUCACGGCCCGAUCUAAUCACAGAGUGUCCCAAUAUACCGUCCCCGCUCGACCUGCUGCAUGGUACGCGCCGCAAUUUUCUUGCUAACAGUAUUCACCACUCUCUCCGCGUACGUAAUUGCCGCGACCCAGAGGUACUCGCCAUGGGAUGGCUGGUAUAUGUCUAUUCAAAGUGGCUCAUAUCACCGAGCCCGGAGACAUUCUCCAGGAUUGCGCCAUGUAUGAGACCCGUUAUGGGUCAACUCCAGAAGAGCCACCCGGCUUGCUUGGAUCAUAUCAUCUGGCCCCGGCUCCGGCGAAACAUGAUGCAAUUCUGUCCCAAGGACAAAAUGCUCGACGUAGUGAGCCUCCUAUCUUGCUGUCUCAAGGUCCGUUGGAAAUGGGGCGAAAGUAUUUUGGUACGCGAUGAAAAUGAUGACCUUCAAAUCCGUCCCAGCUUCUUCGACAACUUCAUGACCGCAGAAGGCUGGGGUCUUACCUCGGAGUUUACCAACACCCAUCCUGACCUUGUGGAUGGCAUGGAUCCGUCGCAAUUGCUAUACGUACCGACUUGA